CGACGUCGUGUCAUACAUAGGGGUCCGACUCGCGUCACGAUCGCGGACUCGUGGUACCGGCAAGCAUUUGGGAGUCGAGCUCUUUGUCUUUCCUGCCAUGUCUUCCGCGCGCUCCAGAUACCUCACUCUCUCACUUUCCAGCUCAUUGCUUGCCAACAUCCGCAUCCAGAUACUCAUUCAUGGUUCGAUAUCCUUCUCCAGGCGUGCCUUGUAAACUUCGCGCCCACGUUAGGAUAAACAACCUCCUCCCAACCGUCUUCAAUCGUACCCUGGACCACUGCAUUGCGUUCAUGAAUCCUUGAGAAGAUUCAUCGCGACUGGGGAUUGGCCUCGUUCUUAACCGGCUCGCGAUGUUGUAUUUCCUAUAUUCAGCCGAGGAGAACAAUAACACAACGCCUUUUCCUCAAUAAGCCGAUUGAGCUUUAUAUAAGGGAGAGCAGCACUAGCGUCUAAAGCGAGUGUCAUCGACAUUCCUUCUUUGUUAUUUGACCUUAUACACGCCUUCAAGUUGCAAGCUCUUCAAUCAUUACGCAACGAUGGUGACGGCGACCCAGGCUGCAGCUGAACAAAACGCACUUUCCGCCGCUCCAUUUGACACAGACAGCCCCUCAUCUUCCAAAGCUUCAUCCAUCCCAGCCGAAAUCUUGGCCUUUAUCUUCAAGACAUGCUCGCAGCAAGCCCACGUCCUGACCUCGAGCGAGCGUAAAGGUGUCCGGCCUCAUCAAUGCCGCGCUCUAUGCCUCUCUUGGAUCCCAAUCGCCCAUGUAUGCCGCCACUGGCGCUUCGCCGCCCUCACGCACCAUGAGCUAUGGAGCAACAUUACCUCAGAUCGUCGGCCGUGGAUGAAAGAAAUGUUUCUCAGGUCUGGGGAGGCACCAUUAACCAUCCACAUCACAUGCAAGGAUCUCAGCGAUGACCUUGAAGAAGACCUUAUCCGUAGCAUUCCGCGAGCUCAAGAGCUAACAAUACGCGCGGACUCAGAAGGAGAGAUUAUCGAGCGCAUUUUAUCGCGCAUGGACGACGCUCCUGCCCUUCGGAGCGUAUCGUUUAUCGGUGCAUCGGACCAUCCAGAAUCGCUGGCUAUUCCCUUAAAUUUAGUCUCUCAGAAAGCGCGCGAGCUGGAGAACCUGCAUUUCUACUGCAGCUGCCCCGACUGGGCCGCUCAGCCCAUCUUCCCGUCAAGGCUGAAACGCCUGACUAUCUACCAGCCCGACAGUGAUCUCCAUCCCCUCCCCACAUGUGCCCAGCUCGCCGCGUGCAUCCAGCAAUUCGCGGCUCUCGAGGAGCUUACUCUUUGUCACACUCUCCCUGACGAGAUCGUAGCAGUCGAUAAUCAGGUUAACUUGCCGACCACCCUCCGUCGCCUCUCAAUCACGAGCUCGGUUGACAGUUACCUGGUCUUUUUAUCCAAUCAUCGUACCCCUCCUACCCUCGAGCAUAUUUCCGUUGUGUGCGCAGGCCAGGACGUUUUCAACGACUAUAUCCAGCUGUAUGGGCCCCUCGCACAUGUUUUGGGUCCGGACGUGAUCUCGGCUGUACGAGCCUUCUAUGCGUCUGCGCGAGGCCUUUCAAAGCCCCGUCGUGAUUCUUUGCCGAGUAGUUGCUACACUGAGUUCUCCAUCGGCAUCAAAAAUAAUGCUCUCUACACCACCACAACGUUCUGGAGGCCUGGCCAAAUGCCUCCAGAGACACCGCACGUCGCUGAACUGACGUACAUCUGCCCCGCCAUCUUGGUUGGCCCCUUCGUCUCCGUCCUUGAACGAGCCCCUUUCAUUUACACUGUCCGGCACGUCACGAUCAACGACCUUGGCAACUCGCCCGUUGUGGGUAUGCUUAUCCAGAGCAUGCAAGCGGUGCGCUCUGUCGUGCUGAACCCUGCGGAGUCGCGUAGGGAUAGUUUCAUGAUAAGCUCUGCUGCUGGCGGGCUCGUCGGCCCCGAGCUCGAGACGAUCACGCUACAAGGGAUUGAUUUCAGCGGAAGGCAUUAUCAGAAAGAGGAGAUCCCGUCGCUCAGAUUCGCCCUCAGCACGCGAGGGGGAAAUGGAUACCCGGUGAAGAAGCUCAUAUUCAAGGACUGUCGGAACGUGCAGAUGGGGAAAUGGGCGAAGCUGAAAGAGCAGGGGACUGAGCUGGUCGAAGAGUCCGAUGAUACAUCUUUGUAGGAUCUUUCAUGAAUGCAUUCUGAACUCUAUUUUCUGGUGCUCAUCUAUUCGCCCCGUGUCAAUCCCCUUUUCAACUCUCAUCUCUUCAUACUUGCGCUUGUCGCGGUUUCAUAGCAAUAUCACAAAUUUUCAGAUACUAUAUU